AUGCAAGGAUCCGAUGAGCCUCUAUAUGAAGCUCUCGCACGUUUCAAAGCUCUUCUCCGCAAAUGCCCGAACCAUGGUUUUGGAAUAGACCAUCAGGUAGGAAUCCUUUAUAAUGGGUUUAAUGAAAAAAUCUCUAGUUUGUUGGAUUCAGGGGCGAAUGGGGGAUUCUUGAGGAAAGGAGGAGUUGGUGCUAUGGAGGUAAUCGAUGAAUUAGCUACCAAUAGUCGGGGUUGGUCCAAAGAGAAGCAUAAAGCUGAAGGGCUAGAUGCAGUGAAGAGAUCAUGCGGGAAUGAGACAUCUCAAGAAUUGGCAUCCAUCAGAGCAAGAAUUGAAAAAUUAGAAGCUCCAGGCAAAGAGGGGAAUGCCAUCAAAGAUGUCAAAUAUGUCCAAAAUGGGGGUGAUCCCAACAGGCUUUAUAAUAAUAAUUAUCGCCCUAAUCAGGGGGGUGGGUUCAAUCUAGGCAAAGAGAAAGGAGUGGAGCCACCUACCAAGGAAGACAAAUAUGAGGCUGGCAUCCAAAAGAUCUUGGAGCUAAUGUUAGAGGAUAGAAAGAACAACGAGACCAAGAUGGGAGUUGUAGAGGAAAGACUAACCAAGCUUGAAUCUGGGUUAAACACUGUUGUCUCCACUGUGUCCAUCAUUAAGUUACAAAUGGAUCAAUUCCAAAAGAAGGCAGUGGAAGAUAAAGGCAAGGCUGUUGCCAAGGUUGUCGGUACCAACAAGGAUGAAGCCAGCACCUCCGGAACGAGUUUUAGGGACUGUCCGACACCCAGCGGACCGCCGCAUACGUUACAGCGGGCCGCCACUGGGGCACAGUUUGGAUCCUGCCCGACGCCUACGGACUGCCGAAAACCCCACAGCGGCCCGCCACUGAAGAGGCAGAGGCGCCCGCCAAGAAGGAAUUCGUGCGGCACAAUGGGAUUUGAUAUCAUCCAAAAGCAAAGGACUGUCAAGCAGAGGGACCCUGGCCAAUUCAUCAUUCGUUGUUCCAUUGGGAAUGGCAAGGUAGACAAGGCUCUUUGUGAUCUUGGAGCUAGCGUCAACAUAAUGCCAUGGGAGUACUACGAGAAGCUCAACAUCGGGCCGCUCAAAUCCACAGAUACCUGCUUAAGGAUGGCCGAUAACACUGCGGUAAAUGCGGUAGGGGUAAUUGAGGAUGUGUUAGUAAAGGUUGAUGACUUCAUAUUCCCUAUCGAUUUCUUUGUUUUAGACAUGAAAGUUGAUAAACAAGUUCCUUUGAUUUUAGGUAGAGGAGAAAUCACAAUAAGUGACCAUGGAGGAAAGUCGACCUACAACAUCGAAAGCGCGAUGCUUAAGUAUGAAGAGGCGAAACAAGCUAAGAUGGAACAUGAUUGCAGGGAGGUCAUGGUGACCGAUUUGUCUAAGCCUUAUGAUCCAUUUGGAGGGGAAGAUCUUUCUAACCCUACUAUUUUCAUUGUUAACACUUUACCUCAAGCUCCUAAAAAGGGCGAGCCUAAUCCUACUAAGCCUACCUUGCAGGAAAAGCCAUGGAGAAAGAAGAGGAAGAAGACUCCACCUCAAGAUGACCCCGAAAUCUACGUGAUCAAAACCUCGAAUGGAAAAUUCAAUUGA